CUAGGUCACGGCGCAGGCGCCGAGUACUCUUGGCAUCGCGCGAGGCGGAGGUAUUCUGUUCGCCGGUCUCCGCGCGGGUUUGUGUCGCGGAACCCGGUGGCUGCUGCGCGGGCGUCAUGUCAGACAACGAGGACAAUUUUGAUGGAGACGACUUUGAUGACGUGGAGGAGGAUGAAGGGCUCGAUGACUUGGAGAAUGCCGAGGAGGAGGGCCAGGAGAACGUUGAGAUUCUCCCUUCUGGAGAGCGACCGCAGGCCAACCAGAAACGAAUCACCACACCAUAUAUGACCAAGUAUGAGCGAGCCCGUGUGCUGGGCACCCGAGCUCUUCAGAUUGCGAUGUGCGCCCCUGUGAUGGUGGAGCUGGAGGGGGAGACAGAUCCUUUACUGAUCGCCAUGAAGGAGCUCAAGGCCCGGAAGAUCCCCAUCAUCAUUCGCCGCUACCUGCCCGACGGGAGCUACGAAGACUGGGGCGUCGACGAGCUCAUCAUCACCGACUGAGCUGGAGUCAGCCUCUGGACUGGGCCUCCACCCGUGGCUCAUCUCAUAGUCUUUUUAUAGUCUUUAUACGUGUAAAUAGUAAAUUCUUCAACCUUUCAAC